GUCAUAAAAGUGGACACUCAUAACAAAAGAAAACCCUGGUCCCGUUUCAUAAGACUCGAUGUCAAUGGCCUUGCCGUUAUAAGCUUCAGAAAUAUAAUGUGAUUGGUCUGGAACAUACUAUCUAAUUAAUUCUAGAAGUUUUUUAAUCGUUAGUGGGUCUAAGAUCUUAGUAGUUUUGAGUAUCGUGACCACGACUGAGGAAUACAGCUUAUGAAGGAUAUCGCUGUAACAAUUUUCCGGGAUAAGGAGGUCAAGAUUCAAUUAUGUUAUAUGGGAAAACGGUCUUGUGUGUCGUCCUGUCGCUGCUGACGACUGGGGUCUUUAGUUCUAACACUGAACCAAACUUUGCUGAUGGGCGAACCGUGAUUGUACAUCUAUUUGAAUGGAAGUGGACGGACAUCGCCGAAGAAUGUGAAAGAUUCUUAGGACCUCACAAGUUCGCCGGUGUCCAGGUGUCACCUCCCAGCGAGCAUCUCGUAUUCGCCGACAACCCCUACUCCGAGUAUGAUUACCCGUGGUGGGAGCGAUACCAACCCAUAGGCUACCAACUGAUAAGUAGGAGUGGAACCCCCGAAGAGUUCGCCGACAUGGUAACACGAUGUCUGGCCGUCGAUGUCCGUAUCUACGUCGAUGCCGUCAUCAACCACAUGGCAGGAGGAGGUUAUGUUUUCCCGAAGGUGCCCUUUGAUGAAGGUGACUUCAACGUCAAACUUGGACUGUGUCCCACCGAAGAUGGCGGCAUUCAUGACGUCAACGAUACGGUCCAAAUGCGUUACUGCAACCUCCUUGCGUUGGCUGAUAUACAUUACGGGGAUCUGAAUAAUUAUUAUGGAAGGGACAAGGUUGUGGAGUAUCUUAAUAAAAUGAUUGACAUAGGCGUGGCAGGGUUUAGAAUUGAUGCUGCUAAACACAUGUAUCCCGCUGAAUUAGAUGACGUGGCCAAUCGUCUCCAUGACUGUACAUUUGGAGGAAGACCUUACAUCUAUCAAGAGGUCAUUGACCGAUUCAGCAACGAGGCCAUCAAACCUAGCGAGUACUUUGAAACUGGCGAUGUCACGGAGUUUAAAUUCUGCGACCAGAUGGCUUUACUCGGUCGCGCCUCUGUCCCGGCUGAUCGGUUCCAAAAUUUCGGUUUUGAUCCAAGCUGGGGGAUGAUGCCGAGUGAGAGUGCAAUUAUCUUCGUAGAAAACCAUGACAACCAACGCAAUCACGGCGGUGGAGGUGAUAUCCUUUCAUUUCAAGAACCACGCGAGUACAAGAUCGGGAUCGCGUUCGGCUUGGCGUGGAAUUACGGCACCGCGCGAAUCUUCAGCGGGUAUGUCUUCGAACACAGCGACCAGGGACCCCCAUCCGAUACUUCAGGAAAUACUUACAACGUCGUCAUCAACGCAGAAGGGAUGUGCGAUGGUGGGUGGAUUUGCGAGCACCGUUGGAGGGAGAUUCGAAAUAUGGUAUGUUUCCGUAAUGUUGCCGUAGACGAACCGGUUGAAAACUGGUGGGACAACGGGAAUAACUUCAUCGCGUUUUCUCGUGGCGACAAAGCCUUCUUCGCGCUCAACAACGAAAUGAUUCGCCAAUCGGAGACUCUGCAGACUGGUCUUCCACCAGGCACCUACUGCAAUCUUAUCACCGGCGAGCCUACGGCUACUGGUUGCUCAGGGUCAUCGGUUGUAGUCAAUGAGGGUGGCUUUGCCUACGUAGAUCUACUACCGAGCACUGAUGAGCGGGAUGCGAUGGUAGCCUUAACCAUUGCUGCAACGUCGGGUCGAUCUGAUUAUACUGGUUGUGUUGUCGAAGCUGCCGCAGUGCAGUUGAAAUUUAAUUUAUUAUUAAUUGCAAUCACUGUGUUAGUGCAGUUGAUUUAUUAAUUUUCCAAGAAUUCCCAGAAUAUCAAAAUGUCCAAACUAGGAAAAUUCAAAUUUACUUUGCUUCUAUUUCUCUUUCUGUACCCUUUCCCUCUCUUCUCUUCUCGGCUGUUUGAAACAUCAUUGUAUCUCCCAUAACGUCGGCUGUCCCUCAAGAUUGUGUAAUUUACCCUAUCUUUUUUAUUUGCUUAAAAUUAUGUACGUCCGAUCUACCAAAUUUUAUUUCCGGGGGUACAGGUUUACCACAAUAUUCAAACGAAACUGUACGUUUAAUCGGACAUUAUCCUAUCCUAUCCGUGCUUCAGCGAAAUACCUACUUCGUAAUGCUUGUUCAACGAUAGGUUAUGUAACUCAAUUUAUUUACUUACUCUCCUUUCCAACAAAAAUGCAACUUGAUCGAAUGUGCAUAAUUAUAAAUGUCAUUUCACUUUCACUUCUCUCAUUUAUUCCUCCUUGACGACCUCCUGUCUUUCAGCUUCUUUCCCUUUCUAUUUUUCUCACUGUAUUAAGCUAAUUGUCUUUCUUUAUCUAAUAUUUAUGUGUGUCUGUUUAUCUGAAUCAUUAUCGGAUUAAUCCAAUGAUCAUUCUAUUUCAUUCAUUUUGUUAAUUUUCCCCCAUCGAUAGUUGCACUUUUAUCCGAUCUUUUUUUUUACUUACUAGCCCUAUUAACUUAAGUUCACCUAAGUUCAAAUUUAUCAUAUAUUUUAUAUUUUUAUGUAUUAACAUAAUUUGAUUUAUAUAUUGUAACUUUGUAUUUUGUUGUAUUUUAUGAAGGAAAUAAAUCUCAAAUCUCCAUUGCAUCUGGAUUCAUCAAUCUGUAUUAUAUUAAUGUUUGUAUUACUUACGAACAUGGGUGUCGAUCACGGGGGGAUGGGGGAUAUAUCCCCCCAAUAUUUCAAGUGGGGGAUGGCCUGUAUUAUCAUCCCCCCCCCCCCCCAAUAAUUUAGGGUAGAAAAUUUAUAAUAAUGAUGAUGAAAAAAUGUAAAGGUUUGAUCAUGAUGAUUAUAGUGAUGAUUAUAGUAUGCCAUCAAUCAGUUUGUUUCCCUCGCAAUUCGUGUAUAUUGUUAUUAAAUAAAAACAUUCUUUUCCAGGACUGUUAAACAGAUUGGUGGAGGUUCAAGAUGAAAAAGAAUGAAAUGUUUACGUAUAUGAUAUUUUUUAACACAUGACAUAAAAGGACCCCGACGAAAAACAACUUUUGUUGAUGGGGUGUUCCAUCCCACCAGUGGUAAUAUGAUCAUAUUUUUACAAUUUUUUAAUAAGUGAAAUCAAUUAAUGGUUUCAGAAAGAAUAAUCAUUCAUUUCUCUCUAAAGCGUAUCUUCGGAUAUGAACAUCGGAUUUUUUUUGCAUGUUAUUCUUGCUAUUGUUAUGGACUUGAAUAACUAAACUUGAUUGGCUCUUUCUUAUUUUGGCAAAAAUAAAUCUCUUUUGAGUUUGGAAAGGGAUGACAGUUUUGCAUUCUAUAUGAGCACACUCAUGCGGUACGUAAAUUUCAUUUUAACACAUAUAUUAGCUGAUAUUACACACUGAUGGUUCAAGAAAAUGUUGGAGAAAUAUCAUAACAUGACAGUUGAGUUUUGAUUGUUUUUAUGUUUGUUUUUGUUUUAUGCACUUAUAAAGCAUUUAAAACAUGGUAAAAUCCAGGGUUAAAAUCGUCUAAGGAAUGACGGUAAUCCGAUGGCGCACGAGAAGCCACACAGUUUGUAAUUUGUGCUAGUCUUAAUUUGCCCGAAUCUGCAUUUUAUCAUCAUGCAUUAAGAAGAUAAAAGAUAUCGCCAGUCGGGUUAGAUUUAAGAGAGAAGAUGUAUACAUCAUGUCCAAUAAACAGAUCACUUUGUA